AUGGAGACGGUGUGUUCGGUGUUGUUGUUGGUGUUGCUGGCGUCAUGGAGCGGUCCCGCCGCCGCCGACACCCCUGCCAACUGCUCCUUCCCGGACAUGAAGGGCACCUGGGAGUUCUAUGUCAGCCCCAGCAAGGGAGGCGUGCGGAGCCGAGACAUUGACUGCUCCCAGCUGGGUCCAUCUGAAAAAGAAAGUAACAGUGACUAUUAAAGAGCUGGAUGUUGCGGAGGAUGACCUUGGAAAUGUGGGAUUUGUUACCAUAAUCUACAAUCAAGGGUUUGAGGUCGUGAUAAAUAGCAUGAAGUGGUUUGCAUUUUUUAAGUAUGAACAGCAUGGCUCCAACGUCACUAGUUUUUGCCACGAUACCUUCCCCGGCUGGGUACAUGAUGUUCUGGGUCGCAACUGGGCUUGUUUUGUUGGGAAGAAAAUAAGUGGGUCUUCUGGGAAGAAACUGAAUCCAGCACCCUUCCCUCUUGAAGCAGGACACAUCCCAUACAGAAACAACCCUGCAUUUGUAGAACAAAUAAACUCUGUUCAGAAAUCAUGGACCGCAACAGUGUAUCCUGAAUAUAAAACCAUGUCAAUGGAGGAUAUCCUCAAAAGAGCUGGUGGUCGUAAAUCAAGAAUCGCAAGCAUACCACCUCCGGCUCCAAUGCCCAUAGAGGAGAAAUACAAGGGCCUGCCUGAUGCCUGGGACUGGAGGAAUGUUGGAGGAUACAACUUUGUCAGCCCUGUCAGGAAUCAAGGGAACUGUGGGAGCUGUUACUCUUUUGCUACAAUGGGAAUGUUGGAAUCUAGAAUCCGUGUCAUGAGCAGACUUCAGCAAACUCCUGUUUUGAGCCCCCAGCAGGUGGUGUCCUGCAGUAAUUACUCUCAAGGUUGCGAUGGAGGCUUUCCUUAUCUCAUCGCUGGAAAAUAUGCUCAGGAUUUCGGCAUUGUAGAAGAGUCGGACUUCCCUUACACUGGCAGUGAUUCACCCUGCACUCUGAAAGGUGACUCCUAUCGUUAUUAUACAGCGGGAGUACCACUACGUUGGAGGCUUCUAUGGUGGCUGCAAUGAGGCUUACAUGAAAUAUGAACUCAUUUUGGGGGGUCCUUUGGCUGUAGCUUUUGAAGUCUACGAUGAUUUCAUGCACUAUGAAGGAGGAAUCUACCACCACACUGGACUGCAGAAUAAAUUCAACCCUUUCCAGCUGACAAACCAUGCCGUCCUGCUGGUUGGUUACGGUGUCGAUUCAACUGGACAGAAGUACUGGAUUGUGAAGAACAGCUGGGGGGAGGCCUGGGGAGAGAAGGGGUACUUCAGAAUCCGCAGGGGAACAAACGAAUGUGCAAUUGAAAGCAUAGCUGUGUCAGCAAGUCCUAUUCCUAAGCUGUAA